CUUUGAUAAGUGACCAAUACUUCGUUAUGGCUACAAUGAUAUUUGCACUGGUUGUUGGUGGCCUAAUAUUAGGAGUUUUGCUUUAUGUUGCUGGGACAUGGAAUUAUAAGUACUUCGAAAAAUUAGGAAUACCUUACGUGAAACCAGUACCAUGGCUUGGAAACAUGACUUCAUUCGUUUUCAGACAAACGUCUUUAAUGGAUUUUAUUGCAAAUUUACAUAAAGCCUUUCCUGAUAGAAAAUUUAUUGGAGUAUAUGAAUUCAGAAAUCCAAUUGUUCUUGUGAACGAUCCUGAAUUAAUCAAACAAAUUACCGUGAAAGAUUUCGAUCAUUUUAUUGAUCAUCGAUUUACCAUAGAUCCUAAUGUGGAACCAAUGUUUGGAAGAAAUUUAGUUUCAAUCAAAGGAAACAAGUGGCGCGAAAUGAGAGCUACUCUAAGUCCUGCAUUUACUGGAAGCAAAAUGCGAAAUAUGUUUGUUUUAGUCACGGAAUGUGCAGAAGAGCUCAUUAAAUACUUGAAUUCUUUAGAGUCAAAAGAUCGAACAAUAGAAAUGAAAGACUUGUUCACUAGAUAUGCGAAUGAUGUCAUUGCAUCAGCAGCUUUUGGACUGAAGGUGGAUUCUCUGAGAGAGCCGAACAAUGAGUUUUAUGUAAUGACAAAAGAAAUAUCCUUGUUUCGUGGAAUACAAGCACUUAAAUUUUUUGGUUUCACAGCUUUUCCGAAAUUAAUGAAAUUUCUAAAUAUUCAAAUGUUUGGCCCAAGAAUUCAAAAGUUUUAUCGUAACUUGGUAAUGGACACUAUGAAGCAGCGUGAUGAACAAAACAUUGUUCGACCAGAUAUGAUUCAUUUACUGAUGCAAGUUCGGCAAGGAACACUAAAACAUGAAGAAGUCGUUGACACUAAAGAUGCUGGUUUCGCUACAGUCACGGAAUCGGAGAUUGGAAAAUCUUCCAACAAUAUAACACACUGGGAAGAUGAUGACUUGACAGCACAGGCAGUAAUAUUCCUCUUUGCCGGUUUCGAAACUAGUUCAACUUUAAUGUGUUUUGUGUGCCACGAACUUGCUCUUCAGCCAGAAAUUCAGAAAAAACUGCAAACAGAAAUCGAUCAAGUCAGAAGCAAUAACAAUAAGAUCACUUAUGAGGUGAUCCAAAGCAUGAAGUACUUAGAUAUGGUAAUUUCUGCUGAAACCUGGAGAUGGUGUAUGGGUGGCUGUGUCAGGAAUUCAUAGAAAUCCCAAAUAUUAUCCGAAUCCAGAUACAUUUGAUCCGGAAAGGUUCUCUGAUUCAAAUAAAAGCAGCAUCGACCCUUAUGCUUACCUUCCUUUCGGAGCAGGACCAAGA